CGACUUGCGCCAGAACAUGCUCGACGACGACGGCGCGCGGCUGCUCGGCCGCGGCUUCCGCUCGCUGCAGGGGCUGAGCCACCUCUUUCUGCGCGGCAACGAGUUUGGGUGCGAGGGCGCGGCGGCCCUCUUUGGCGGCUUCGCCGCCUGGCCGACGUCCGAGCCGCCCGCGCUACAGUUUUGCGACGCGCUCGCAAACCACCGGCUGGGGGUGGGGGCGGGCCGCCCGGCCGAGGGGCUGGCGGGAUGCAUCGACGCGGUACUCGCCGCGCUGAGCGCGCUGCCCGAGCUCACCCGCCUCCAGUUAGACCCGCGCCUCAAGCGCGACGACGAGGCGUACAACGCGCUGCAGGACGCGUGCAACAGAUUCGACAUCGAUCUCCACUCGUUCUGAGACUGAGGGAGCACGAGGCCCCCCCGCUCGCGCCCGGCGGGGCGGGGAGGAGGGCGGUGUAGGCCAAAGAGCGAAGGGAGCUGGCAGAAAGAGGUGUCUUUGAGCCGCCGCCGGCACACAACUCGAUCGCAUGUAAGCGAGUCACACGAGGGCGGGCGCGCGCGGGCGCGGCGUGGCACGGUUAAGGGUUGACUGUGACACUGUACAACAGCGAUCAGGGCGUGCACACUGCACAUGCGAUGUGCGUGACUGUGUGGGUGCUUGCGCGAAUGGAGCGUCAGUGCACAGUGGCCACCGCCGGUGUGUCAUAAUUUAGUCAUCAUGCUCAAAUAGUU